GCGACUGUCCGGUACAAAAGUUUAAUUGAAUUCCAGUUAUGAUGCGACUCUGUAUGAAACUGUGUAAAGGCGACAAUAAACUGAAAAAUGAGAAAUAAAGAUAGCAGGUGUACGUUUUUUAAAUCAAAUCGUCUGUUGUCGGAAAACAUUUGAAUAAAAAAUGCUGCCACUCAUAGUAUUGUUGACAAUAAUUUUGAAUAUUGUAAAAAUUGCUCAAGGCUGGGAUUCACCCGUUGAUGCGCCAAGACUGUUAAAAAACUAUAUUCCUGUAUCUCUGCAUGUACUACACCACUGCAUAGAAAUGAUUCAGUAUGAACCAGCAAUAUCAUUCACAACGGCAACGCCAGGUACAACGACAGACUCAGUUUCGCAACGCCCAACAAUACAGCACAGGCCAGGGUACUUCAGACCAGAGAAACCACCAAUGAUUUCGUCGACGUCAUCAUCAAAUUUGGAAGUAGUAGCGACUCAACCAGAUGAGUUAACAAAACCAAGCACGGAAAAAGUACAAACUUUAUUGUGGACUGACAAUCAUUUCAUCGGUUGGUUCUUGCGAAAUAAAAAUCGCUUGAGUAGAAUGGAAAAUGGACACAAGCUUCAACUAUUGGACCCAUUACCCCUCAGGCUACUUCAAGAUAUCAAUGCAGAACAUUAUGAGUUGCCAUCAUUAUUAGACAAAGACAAUAUAAACGCAUUUCGAAUAUUUUAUGAUGAUAAAUUUCCACAGAGUAAAAAUAAUGCACAGGGAACAGAUGCUGCCAACAGCUAUAAGCCUUUUUCCACUGAUAGCAAUAUUGGGCCCGACACUAUUAAAAACAAAGGCAAAAAACGAGUUCCGCCUACUAAACCAUACAUCCAAAUGUUAAUGCUGUAUGAUAUGCUUAGAAGAGAAGCUAAGAAAUUUAUGUUCCAAAUUUAUGAGGGCUACUCUUCUGAAAUAAUACAGAAUCUUGUUCGAUAUAAUAAUGGAAAUGGCCAACAGCAAUUAUUAUUUGUGCUCAACAACAUGCUCGAAGCAAAAAAUAUUGAAAAAGAGGACGUUGUAUCACGAACAAAACUAAUAAUAACAGAUCUGCAAAAUCCUGACAGUUCAAUAUCCAAAGCACUUAUCUACAUUCCGCCAUUAAUAUUUGAGCCAUAAACAUUCAUGGCUUUUAUGACUAAAAACAGGAAGAAAAAAAUACAUAAGGGAUUCGUGAAUUUUUCCAAUCGCAAGCGCAAAAAACUUUCCUGAUCUAAAAAUAUAUAUUAUU